AUGAAUUUUAGAUUUUUGGUUUUCGUUUUACUCAAGCUAAUUGGGUUCUCUGAGAAGUUAAUCGGUGUACUUUCUGAAAAUAUAAUUUUGAAUAAUUCUGGGGAAUGUUAUCUUGAUGAGGGACGUCUCUGUGUGAAUUCUACAUCAGUCAUAUUAAACAGAGGAAUGAACCCUGGAGGAUUUCUCACACUACGUUGUCAAAUUCCAGAAGUAGGGAAAGGGCAAAAUCUAAAUCCUUUAGUUCAGAUUCAGGCAUCAACGAGAGCAAAUUAUACAUCUUUACUUUAUAAUAUAAAUCAAGAUUCUGUAGAAAUUAAUGACUUAAACUGGCAUCUUACAAGUGAUAAGGCCAUCUUACCAGACAAUACAACUUUUUCAAAAAAUGACACAAUUCAUUUCGCUGUUGGAAUUGAUACAAACUCUUUCUCUACAAUCGUUAUAAACUCAAAAAAUGUCAUUAGACUGAAAUUCAAAGGAAAUGAACAACUGACUAAAUUUAAGUCUGUAAAAUCUGAUUAUUGUUCUUGGAAAUACGAAAUGUCACUAGUAUUCCCCUCCACCAAACAAAAUGUUAAGUAUGUUCCUAAAGAUACCAAUUCUACGGAAUUAGUUUCCUCAUCUAACAGCACAGGAAAUAGUACCAAAAGUCUCAGUAGUUCAUAA